AUGCUCCGCGGCCGCCCGCGGUCGAGCGCAGACGAGAGGCAUCUUCCCCGUGAGCGGCCCCGGCUCCGUUCAUCCGCUGUCCAGACCCGGGUCGGCAAUAGACCGACGGAAGGAUCCAGCAGCCUGUCGGCGCCCGCCGUUCUCGUGGUCGCCGUCGCCGUCGUCGUUGUGGUAGUCUCCGCCGUCGCCUGGGCCAUGGCCAAUUACAUCCACGUCCCGCCCGGCUCCCCGGAGGUGCCCAAGCUCAACGUCACGGUCCAGGAUCAGGAGGAGCAGCGCUGCCGGGAGGGGGCCCUGAGCCUCCUGCAGCACCUGCGGCCGCACUGGGACCCCCAGGAGGUGACCCUGCAGCUCUUCACAGAUGGAAUCACAAACAAACUUAUUGGAUGUUACGUGGGUAGUACCAUGGAGGAUGUGGUCCUCGUGAGAAUUUAUGGCAAUAAGACUGAGUUGUUAGUGGAUCGAGAUGAGGAAGUGAAGAGUUUUCGAGUGUUGCAGGCUCAUGGCUGUGCACCCCAACUCUACUGUACCUUCAAUAAUGGACUGUGCUAUGAAUUCAUACAGGGAGAAGCACUGGAUCCAAAGCAUGUCUGCAACCCAGCCAUUUUCAGGCUAAUCGCUCGUCAGCUUGCUAAGAUUCAUGCUAUCCAUGCACACAAUGGCUGGAUUCCCAAAUCUAAUCUAUGGUUAAAGAUGGGAAAAUAUUUCUCUCUCAUUCCCACAGGAUUUGCAGAUGAAGACAUUAAUGAAAGGUUCCUAAGUGAUAUCCCAAGCUCUCAGAUUCUUCAGGAAGAGAUGUCUUGGAUGAAGGAGAAUCUCUCCAAUCUGGGCUCACCUGUUGUUCUUUGCCAUAAUGACCUAUUGUGUAAGAAUAUAAUCUACAAUGAGAAACAAGGUGACGUACAGUUCAUUGAUUAUGAGUAUUCUGGAUACAACUACCUGGCAUAUGAUAUUGGAAAUCAUUUCAAUGAAUUUGCAGGUGUGAGUGAUGUGGACUAUAGUCUUUAUCCAGAUAGAGAACUGCAGGGCCAGUGGCUGCGUGCCUAUCUUGAAGCCUACAAGGAAUAUAAGGGCUUUGGGACUGAAGUUACUGAAAAGGAGGUAGAAACACUCUUCAUUCAGGUCAAUCAGUUUGCAUUGGCUUCUCAUUUCUUUUGGGGACUGUGGGCUUUGAUUCAAGCCAAGUACUCCACUAUUGAGUUUGAUUUCCUUGGGUAUGCAAUUGUUCGUUUUAACCAGUACUUUAAAAUGAAGCCUGAGGUUACUGCAUUAAAAGUGCCUGAGUAAAGAAGAGAUUUAAUUAUUCUCAAGUAGCUGAGCAAUGCUUGUGAAUCUUUUCUUAAGAAAUUCCAAAAAGCCAACAUUUGUUAAAGUUCUGUUAUUUAAUUCGGUUAUUUUGCUUUAUAAAUAAUGCCUAUAAAACAACCAAUCUAUUUUUUGAAUAGACUGAGUGAUGUCAAGAAAUAUACCUACUGCUAUCAGUAUGUGGUGGAUUAGAAAUUGGUUAAAUCUGCAGAAGGUAUAAAGAUGUCAGUUUAAGCCUUUCUUUGAUAAUUUAAUCUGUGUUAUAUGUAAAUUAUUUAUUGUUUAACUUGAUGCUGUGACUGCUUUCAUCUGUUUCAUCUGUUUGUUGAGUGUAAGCAAUGAAAAUGUUCCAGAGAAUUUUUUUUUAUUUUAAUAAGAUUAAUUUUAGUAAGCAUUCUAGUUGUCCAAUGUAACCUUUUCAUCUCGAUGCACUGUAAGUAAAGUGAAUCAUUUACCCUUGAAAUGCCGGUUGUUGACUGGUGUAGGUAACUUAGAAUGUUCAUAUAAAAAUGCCUGUUUAGGAGGUUAAAAUACAUUUAGUAUCUCCUUUGGUGGUGUAUCUUUUUGAAUUAAAUAUUGGAAAGCAUUUUUUUUUGGGUAAUGUAACUUAUCCCUCUGUGUCUACAUAGUCUGGCAGUAUAAAUAUAAAUACUUACCAUAUAAUCUUGGAAUAAGUAUGAUUUAAUACCAAAAUCUGUAUUAAAUAAUGUCUGUAAAUGCUAAAUAUGGUCAUUUAAGUUGCUGGUUUUAAAAUUUUUACUAUAUCAGAUUAUUCCUAACCAAAAAUUUUGUUUCAUUUAUCAAGAUGCUCUGUUUUUGUUUACUAAACAGUCACUAGCAUUCUUAAUUUUUGAAACAAUUAUCAAAAGUUACCAUAGCUGGAAAUAAGAAAAUGCCAUUUAGGUUCAGUCUUUUUACCUGUUCAGAUUCAUUCCAUACAUUGUAGUUCUAUACAUUCAUGUUUUAGUUUGGUUCCAUGUCUUUAAGAGUGAUAGCAAAUGAUUCAUUGAUAUAUGUAAGUCGAGAAUAAUCUACUUAGGUGGUAAAAGAAUUAAAUAAGGAACAUUUAGAACAUUGAUCUUGUACACUUAAAAUCUGACAUGACAAAAUGUGAAUUAAGCAGAAAUACUCAUGGUAGGAGGGUUUCUGUUGUUUUGUUUCCUUUUCUCAUGUUUUUAAGUUUAUUUUUAAUUUUGUUUAGAGAUUAGAGGGAGGCAAUUACUAUAUGGAAAGAAGUUAGGUCUUUGAGAUAGGUAAGUAGGCUUCCAGUGUUAAAGUCGGCUGUGUGGAAUGGAGCAGUCAUGGUUAACUUUACUUAGAAAAUUAGUCUGACAAGCUUUGCACUUUGGCCACAUAAGUGCCCAUGUACAAAGUUGGCUUAAUGGAUCUGCAUAUUCAAAAUAUGCAACUACAAAUCUAUCCUCUGAGAAAUCUUCUGGGGAGUCUGAUGUAUUCUUCAAUGACUUAUAUUCUCAGACAAGUGCUUUAAACUACUUGGAUUAUCUCAAGAUGUUUAAAGCUAAUACAGUAAGUAGAAACACUUACAAGCCAUUUUAAAUGGUAAAUUCUAGUUACAUGAGUAGACUCUUAAAGUAUGUUUGUAUCUUUGACAGUGUUAGACCAAGGUUUGCUUUCUACCUCCCCUGUGUUAUAAAUGUUCACUUUUAAAAAAAUAAACCAUUUUACUAUAAAAUCAGUAGAAUUUUGCAUAGUUGGUUAACUGAAUGCAACCAAUUAAGCAGUUCAUGGUUUUUUUGUAAUGUGAGUGUCAACUUGGAAAAUUGUAUUUGGUGAGAUAAGAAAUACUCUUGAUUUUCUUUUCUUUUCUUUUUUUUUUUUUUCUGCCUUCUAAAGAGCUAUUUCAUCUUGUAGAACUGUGGGAGGAGAGAAGAUCAUUUUUCUACCUUACUCCAUAUUGUUACUUCAAACAAUUUUGAAUAGAGAUUCACUCAGCCAUUGCUGGUAGACUACAUGCCGGCUAGCCGUGACACUGUUGUUAAGCGUUCCUGAGAGUUUCAUGUAGAAUUGAAUGUGACCAGGAAUAAAAACUCUUGCUGUAGCCCUCAAAGUAUGCAGUGGGUCUUGGGAACAAAAGAUACUUAAGCUAUUACUGCUACUCUUAGGCUAGAUUUUGGUGUUGUGAUGUUCCUACUUCCUAUGCAGGUUUUUGGGAUCAUGGUGCAGGCUAGCAGUAAGGUUCAAAGAUGCUUUCCUUUAUGUUGACCAUUUAAAGGAUUCUAAAGGAAGAUAAAUGUCAACAGUGCUGUAAAAUCAACCAUCUAAAUUUGUCCUCUGGCUUGCUGAGAUGUUUGUUGCCUUUUUAUGUUAACAAGGAACUUGAAUGCCUUACCUAAUAACUCAACUGAUAGUAAGCUCAUUUGUAAAUAUAAAAAUAGUUAAGAAGUGGCAUUCAUGUAUAUUCAAUGUUAGUCAAUAGACCAGAGUGGCCUGGAUGCUUUAACAAGCAAAAUUCCUCAAUUUUUCCUCUCCCCUUAUAUUUCUGUGAUCUUACCUGACCACUGAUAAUUUGAUAUUUUUUCCCCCUUCCUAACCCCAUGCUACCACCAUUUUCUGGCAUCAAAGCGAGGUGGUAGUGUGUCAUACUGUUUGUUCCUGAUCAUCUAAGAUCAGAAGGAGCACAAAACUCAUUCACUAGGUCUGCCUGGAAUGUAUAUAAAACAGUGUAAAUAAAAAUUUGUAAAUUAGUGUGAAUUGUAUCUUGCAUAUGAGAUUGUGUCUUGUUCCGUGUUUUCUUCUCUUUUUGUAGGCAUUUUUCUGUAAGGAAAUGGUCCAGCUCGUUGGCUUUAGACGGGAAAUAGCCAACAGUUCUGGCAGCAAAGUGAGAUAACAGGAACUGGAAAUAAGGUUUAUCAGCUUUGGUUACUGUCAGUACUUAUUUAUUUAGCCUCUCAGUGCCUAAUAAGACUUUCCUUUGUUUUUCAGUUGUGUAUUCGUUUUUUUGAGGUUAGAUUUCUAGAAGUGUAAAUUUAUACACUGUAGUAAUAAUAGAGCUCCAGUUUUUGAGUCAUGAUUCUUAGCUAAGGGGAGUUUAAAAUACAAAUUACAAACUGAAGUAUUACCUUUUCCUAUUUUCAGGGUUUGUCUACAAAGAAAAGAAACCUUGAAAUUUUAUAUAUCUGAAUGUGAAUCCUAAAUCCUGUGUAUACCAGAGAUAGGACAAGUAAUUGCUCUUAGUUCAACUUAAGCAUAUAUCAGUUGAUGUCUCUAAACUUUAAGUAGUCCGUAAUAAGAGAAUGAAAGAUGUAAGAAUCUUUAAGUGACAGCUACUUCCAUAUUCUGCACAAUUCUGCACACUUAUUUUAACUUCAUAAAUAGUUGUUACUAAAGCUGCCAGAUUUAAAGAAGAAAAAAAGUCCUUCAAACACUCUCAAUUAAAAGUUACAAAUCUCCACUUUCAAAAUUAUACAGAUAAUUCUUUUUUACAUUACACAGACGCUGUCUGUAUCACUUUGUGAAUUUUUUUCAUAGUAUACUAUCAGAUUGAUUUUUCUGCUUUAAAUUGCUUUUAAUAAAGCUUUUAAUAUAUUACAUUACAAAGUAAGACAGAUUUAAACUUUUAGUAUUAAUCAGCCAUUUAGUUUAUAGACAAAGUUAACAAUGCUUUAUGCUAGGACAGUAGGGGAGCUGGUUUUGGCAGCAGCUAGCACUACUUUACACACAGAGGGCAAAUGCUAGUAAUUAUUAUGCAUAGGGAAAAAGAACUACGUAUGUGGUAAAGCAGCUUUAUCUUUAUUUCAAAAUUGAUUUGCCUUUUUUUUUUCUUUAGUUUAUUAGAUUUUUAGAAUGUUAACUUACUGGGAAUUUAAUUACAUUUUAAGGCAAUCUUUGUUGUUUUUGAUAAUUUUUAAAAGAAGGCAUUAGUUAUAUUGAAUCACCUUUCUCCCCGGGGCUAUUGCAUACCACUAGUGUGAUUACGGUGUUAUGUCUUGGGUUUUCGAUGUCUUUGACUAGAAGAAUACAUCAGUUACUUUAAAUGAGUUUUCCCCUGUUUUUGAAGUUCAGUCUGUAAAUGUGUUCCUGCAAAAUAAAAUAGUUGGAUUUGUAUUACUUGAAUACUUGAAAACUAAAAUGGACAAGAUACAUUACAUAAUGGAUUAGAUUUUUCUGAACAGUUUUUAUGCUGAAAAUGUUCAUUUCUGGAUUGUAAUUUGAAAUGGGAUGAAAAUCCAAUAAUUUGUUGGAAAAAUGAUAGUGCUUAGAAGUAGGAUAAACCCUUUUGUGUUUGAAGCAUCCAAAAUUCAAGUUUUUAGUAGUUUUUUUUUUUUUUCUGAAAUGUUCUUUCUCUACUGUGUACCUUAUGCACUUAGUAUACUACUGAUACAAAACAGCAGGGUUAAAAUACCAUUAUUACCAUUAUAUCUGUGUUCAUUUUAAAUCCUAUAACUAUUCUAAGUUACAAAAAUUGCUUACUAAAAUACUCUUAAUCCCAAGUGUUUGAUUAAUAUCUUAACUGUUAAUGAUAUUUUGAAAACCAUUCUUCAUUUCAAUAAAACACAAGAUACUUAAUAAGAGUUGAAAACAUUACAUAUUGUAUUUAAAAGCUGAAAAUAUUACAUAUUGUAUUUGAAUGUGAGUAAGAAAACUGGCUUAUUGGAAUUAGAAGUGUUCCAUUAGUUAAAUUUCCAAACUCUUAAUAAAGGAACCUUCAGAGAUAACUUGAAACCCAAUGAUAUCCAUGUAAACUAGCCCCCAUGAGCUGGAAAUGACCCCAAAAGAGCCAUGGUUGUAGUGGUGUGCUGCUACUUAGGUAGUAACACACUGUCAUUUUUGUUUAAUAAUUGGAAGUAGUUUCCUGUAUUUAUCUGUAGUAAAUUAACUAUAAGUUAAUGGAAUCUGACAAGAGAAAAAAAUUUUGACUCGACUAUACUUAGGAGCCUUUCUACAGCUAGGUCAAAUUUCCAUGAUACGAAGUAUUUUAAUUUUAAAAUAUACUAUUAUUAUAAGGAAGAAGACAUGGCAUUAUUCCAUGUGCUUAAAUGGUAAUUGCUGUAUCAGUUUUGGAUGGAAGAAAUGAAUAAUUGUCAUUGCGUUCACUGUAUGUUGCAUUGGGAAAUUGUGACAUAAAACGUAAAAAUUUGUGUUUAUCAAAUGUGAACCUUAGUAGUAUAAUGCUGCUUUGUAUAUACUGUAAGUGCUACAAAUAGUCUCAGCACUGAAAAUGUACUGAUACCUCUCAAAUGAAUGCAACUUUUGAUGUAGGUGUUUUGAGAUGCCUCAGAAAGUAUCUGAGUGUCUGGGAAUUUUGUUAAUCUGUUUGGUGAUGAAGAUACUUCCUGUUUUUUUGUUGCAUAUGUUCAUGUUUAGAAUUUAAUUUUUACAUUUUCCCCACUGUUAAGCAAAAUUUGUUCUUCGGAUAAAAUGGGGUUGCCAGUGAAGAAAAUUAAAAACAACCUCAUUCAUGUAAUUGCUUAAGUAAAAAUACAUUUUUACUAUAUGUUCCUAAACUUUUAGUGAAGCUGUUUGUAUUUCUGUUUAAGAUAUUCAGGCGUUAUUUCUGUUUAAUAAGGCUUUUUACCAUUGAUUAAAUGAAGGAAUGUAUCUUUUUGAAGAGAUUUAUAUUCUGUAAAUAAAAAUUGGUUGUAACAAUAAAGUUGGGUUCUAACUGCA